AUAACAACUGUUGUAAGUUUCGAGGAUGGCUCACAUCCAGCAUGCAUCCAAGACUAUGGGUCCGGGGAACUCUCAGGCCGAGCAACCCGUCUCAUGAGGUGCGACGCUAGAACUCUCUACUAUCAGAUUAGGUCCAAACUAGUGCCCUUCAUCUGAAGAAAGUAGCCGGAAGGAUUUUGAAAUCAGGUACUGGAGCAAAUGAGUUCAUGUCUUCCAACAUUUUUCUGCAGACUAGAAGCGAUGAUCUCACUCAAGUUGUGCCUGGACUGACCAAGGACGAGAUCCCCCAAAAUAUGUCAAGGGUAGGAAGCGACGCGAGGUUACCCCUGUCCGACUAUCUAGAUCCGACCCUUUAAACCCCUCACGUCUCAUUUCCUGAGCUCCGGGACCCAAGAGGAUCCCUCUUCAUUCGUUUUGUACUCUGUUGCGGUGACCUAAUCCAAAGAUGUCGACGUCAAGAUCAAUCGCUUCCUCGUCCGGCUCCUCCGGCGUGAAGAGCGUCGAGAGGAGACUGAAUACGCCGCCAAAAUUCGUUACGGAGGCACAACAAACAUUGUUAUAUUUCCGUGCUGUGGAUGCGGAUGACCCGGACUCGGUUCUCGGGGACAUUUACGCGAAGCAGAUUAUCAACAAAAUCCCACUAGACAUUGUGAACACUAUGGGUCAGGAUAUCCGUUACGUCAAGUUUUGGUGUUUGCGCUCUAAGCGCAUCGAUACAUGGUGUCGAGAAUUCAUGGCAGAGAACCCCGAGUGUACUGUGGUGAACCUGAGCUGUGGUUUGGAUACCAGAUGGCAUCGGCUCCAACCACCGGGAAACGUCCGCUGGUUUGACGUGGACCAUCCGGAAGUCAUCGAGUUCAGACACCGCAUCAUCUCACGCCCCGGCGGCGACUACCGGACUAUGCCCAUAGACAUCGCCGACGACGACACGUCCUGGAUCUAUGCAUUCCCUAGGGACCGGCCCACCCUCGUCAUUGCCGAGAGCAAUAUGUUCUACCUCAAACCGGAGAUAGCCAAGGGCAUAUUUCACACCAUUGCCGAGCACUUUGUGCAUGGAAAGAUUUGUUUCGACGUCCUCGGAUCUAUGUGCGCCACUCUCAUCAAUAUGAAAAUGGCGACGGCCCAGAAAAACACCGGAAUGAAAAUACUAUGGCCAGUGAAUGACCCGCGUGCCGUGGCCAGGAUACACCCGAAGCUCAGAUUCAUCGACGAGAUGAGAUACACGGAGGACAUGCCUCCGUGGUUCGGUGAGUUCAAGACGAAGCUACUAAAACUGCUUCCGGGCUACCGCAAUCUCGGCCGCGUCAUUCUGCUCAGUAUCGAAGAUGAGAACAGAGACCUGCCGGAUCGGCCUUUUACUUCUCAUGGCGCCGACUCAUCAUCGGUAUAUAGCUUGAACAUGCGCGAUUCAAGUGGGGGAGAACACUAUUCUGGCAACAUCAGCCGAUCGUCUACCUUCACGCGGGAUUGAUUGCCAACCACAAGACAGGGCGCUCUGGGCCGUGUGUUGUAGCCGCUGCGCGUGAAUUUUCUGUUAGGUGUUGGGACAGUACGCUACUCAUGGGAGCCGCUUUACAGUACGAUGACGUAUCUCACAGCGUCUCUGGAAG